UUAAUUACUCAUGAUUGGUGCUGUCAUUCGAUAGAUGAAGCUCUUUGUUGAAACCCUCGCCGGCAAGACGAUCACCGUCAAGGUCGACCCGUCGGACACCAUCAACGUUGUUAAGGCCAAAAUUCAGGACCAGCAGUGCCUUACCUUUGGCGAGAAGGAGCUAGAGGACAGACGCACCGUGGCCGAUUACAGCAUCCAGGAUGAAUCCACUCUUCAUCUUGAUCUGCGCUACCAGAGAAAGCGAAAGCAGCCAAGUGUCAUGCGUGGUGAGCAGCCCAAAUCUGCAAAAAAGAAGAGAAUGGAGUAUCAAAUCUUUCUCAAAGGGCUUGUAGACAAAACCACCGCCCUUGAGGUUGCCUGCUCGGAUACCGUCAGAAGUGUCAAGGAGAUGAUUCGGGACCGGCAGGACAUUCCCGUGGAUGAGCAGAGGCUGAUCUAUGCAGGGCAACAGCUUGAAGAUGGUCGCACCAUGGAUGACUAUGGCAUCAAGAAGGAAUCUACACUUCACCUCUUGCUCCGCCUCCGAUCAUGCGGUCCUAAUAAUUGCCCAAGAGUACCUAUCCCAACAGUGGUAACCUAGUUUUCCUUCCUGUCUGCUUCUUUGAGAAAGUCUACACGCUAGUGAUUAAUCACCAGUUCCUAUUUGUGCUUGGUAAUAAUCAUGAAUACUAUUGUGCUUGGUAAUUAAUCACCAGUUCCUAUUUGUGAUGCCAUAUUUUCCUAUGUCGACCGGAUACAGUAUAGCUAAUUAUGAAAUUGAAAUUCCUAAAUUAUAAAGAGAAAAAGCCCUUCCAGACACCAUUAAAGUUAAUUUGGUUUCUAAGCCGGUUCCUUCUGAUAUUGAAAUUCCUCAACUAUGAAGAAAAAAAACCCGCUGCCAAACACCUUUAAGAUCAAUUAUUUUCUAAGCUGGUUGCUUCGAAUUCUCAACAUACUAAAAUUGUUAAGGAGGCUGAUGUGCAAGUUCACAAUCUUGUUCUCUGUAAUUAUCUUUUGCACUGCAAAAAAA